UCGCGAGACUGGCUCCGCCCGGAACUUCCGGCCCGCCCCCCCUCCACCUGUGAAGUUCCUCCCGGCCUAGCGAUGCGGGGUCGACUUGUGUGGGGUGCUGCGCGUAGUCUGUGGGCCCGCCGGGCUCCCUGUCAGCCCCACCGGUCUUUCAUCUGCAGCAGCCCGCCGUUGGAGGAGCUGUUCGUGCCCGGCGGGCCCUUGCGGACCUUUCUGGAGCGCCAGGCGAAGUCUGAAGCCCAUUUACAAGUCAAGGACCCCGAAUUGAUUUCAGCGGCCAAACUCCUGAGCGAGAAGGAGCAGGAGCUGCGGGAGACCGAGCUAUUGCUGCACGAUAAGAAUGAAGAUUUAAAGAAACUUGCAGAGAAUGAAAUAACUCUGUGUCAAAAAGAAAUAACCCAGUUAAAGCACCAGAUUAUCUUACUUUUGGUUCCCUCAGAAGAAACAGAUGACAAGGAUCUGAUCCUGGAGGUAACUACAGGAGUUGGGGGUCAGGAAGCAAUGCUGUUUACUGCUGAGAUGUUUGAAAUGUAUCAGCAAUACGCUGCAUUUAAAAGAUGGCAUUUUGAAACCCUGGAAUAUUUUCCAAGUGAAAAAGGUGGCCUCAGACAUGCUUCUGCCAGCAUUGGGGGUUCAGAAGCCUAUAAAUUGAUGAAAUUUGAAGGAGGAGUGCACAGAGUACAAAGAGUGCCCAGGACUGAGAAGCAAGGCCGCAUCCAUACUAGCACGAUGACGGUGGCAAUAUUACCCCAACCUACCGAGAUUAAUCUGGUGAUUAAUCCUAAAGAUUUGAGAAUUGACACAAAGCGAGCCAGUGGAGCUGGGGGUCAGCACGUGAAUACCACAGACAGUGCUGUCCGGAUAGUUCAUCUUCCAACAGGUAUUGUUUCUGAAUGCCAAGAAGAGAGAUCUCAACUUAGAAACAAAGAGUUGGCUAUGAAAAAGUUAUGUGCAAAGCUGUACAGCAUGCAUCUAGAGGAAGAAACAAGUAAAAGAUACAAUGCUAGAAAGAUUCAGAUUGGAACUAAAGGAAGAUCAGAGAAAAUAAGAACAUAUAAUUUUCCACAGAACCGGGUCACAGAUCACAGAAUAAACAAAUCACUGCAUGAUCUUGAAACUUUCAUGCAAGGAAAUUAUCUACUAGAUGAACUUAUACAGUCAUUGAAAGACUAUGCCGAUUAUGAAUCUUUAGUAGAAAUUAUCUCUAAAACAGUUUAAGGUGACUUGUUAUUAAAGCCUUUUAUACAACAUAUGGCUUAGAAAAAUUUUAUCACAGCAAAUACCCACCAGUAUUUUCUUGAAAACCAUGAGUUAACACAGGUGGAAGUAAUGUAAUCUUAAGACAAGGGUCAUUAGUGUAGAUCCCUCUCAAUGUAUUAGUAACAUACACACAGCAUUAACAUUACUGUUGUCAUAAACCUCAAACUCUUCUGCAUAAGAAAUAGACAAUGAAUAGUAGUCACUUGUUUCCUUAAAGUAUUUAAUUGAUGAUCAAAACUUCGGUUUAACUCUAUCAGAAAUGCUUCCAACAUGAAAUGGAAGUAUGGUAAUACAUACCACAUUAUUCAUUGUCCAGUCAGGAGGCGGAAACCAUAUCAUUUAUUUGACUGACAGUGGAAUAAAAGACAACUCUGAUACACUACCACUGAGCUAGUGCCUUCAGAAUGAGGAAACACCAAACAAAAGAAUAUUCUUUCAAGCCCCCACCUGCUAAAUACAGACCUGUUAGCGGUGUGGUUGCAGACCACUCAGUGAUGGAAAGCUUCCUGGGUUGCCCUGCGCCAGAGCUGGUAUAGAGCUGGUAGCUCAGGAAUUAUAAGCAGAGGACCUCAGAGCCUUAGCAACUGAUAAGCAAGAAACUUUCUGUUAACAUGCGAAUAAAACUUGUUGGAUAGUAA